AUGUCUUUGCUUUCUCCCAGGUUCGCGUGGGCUGCGAUUGCUGUGUUGGCUUUGCUACCAGUCGCCUUGGUUUACGCGCACCCAAUCCAAGAGUCGGCCACUGCGACCCAGGUCCAGCCUGUAACGAAUAUUCAGCCUCGCGACCCCAGGCUUAUUCCCGAUACUGAACACUACCUUGCCGACAUCUUUGGCCUGCUAGGUGUCGAAGACCCGCAUACUUCCGAGACUCCUUCCCCUACUCUGGCUUCUACCGACAUGACAGGCAAGCAAGACAAGCCUGCAAACGUCAAGACAACGGGAACGCCAACUAGCAGCGCAACUAAGACUACGAUUACUCAACCUGCCAUGUACACCACCAACAUCCGCCAUGGAGAUACCAAGGCCAUUGAGAAUAUCCAGAUCGGAUCUGGAUAUACUGGAGGCAAUAAACUCCAAGCCUCCGACCUGCCUGUUAUCUUCGAUGCAGUUGCCAAAGAGCUGGAUCACCGAUUCCGCAAUAUGAUCGACAGCUCUGAUGAACGGGGACUGGGAGACGACACUGACUCGAAUAAGCGAGUUUUAGAAAGCGACCCUAACUCUGACGAUUUCGCUGCUGAGCUUGGGUUCUUGGGAUGA